CACAGCAGUCCCAUCGCUGCGUUUUCUUUUCAUUAGAGCCCGUCAGUCAGUCGAUGUAAAAAGGUUAGGUGGUGCAGAAAUAUGUAUGAGAAGUAAAAAUUCGACUUUUUCUCCUCUAGUUGGAAAGAGAAAAAGUUAAAGGAUAUACAAGGAAAAGGAGGAAAAAUUACCAUCUUUUGUGAUAAUCAUUAGAUUUUUUGCGUUUACCUUCUUUGCAAAAGCGAUCCUUGUUGGUGGUUCAGUGUAGUAAGAAUCCAGCUAGAAGAAAUUUACGUGGGAUCCGGAUAGAUAACUCGUGAAUAAUUGUGAACCUGCGAAGUGCUGUACUGUGAUAAAAAAGUGGAAAAAAGCAAAUAGUGAAACGAGUGUGUAAUAUCGAUUCCGUGUACCAUCAACAAUAUUUCGACUAAACCCUAGGAUACAGCAGAAUCUUUCUAGAUACUGGGAUUGCACGGAGAAGAAAAUGUUUACGGGUACAUUGCGGUUAAAAGUCUGCGAAGCCUGUGGUCUGCGACCUACGGAUUUUCAAACACGACAUACGAUGACUUUUGGGCGACUGGGAGAUCAACUCAUCGAUCCGUAUGUCUCGAUAGAUGUUGACGAGAAAUUCAUAGACCGAUCCACAACAAAACAACGCACAUUCGACCCGGUGUGGAAUGAAAGCUUUAUACACGAGGUGGAAAACGCCGGCGUUCUCGGUAUGACGAUAUUCCACGAGGGUCCCAUCACGGAUGUUUUCGUGGCGAACACGACGAUCCCGUUCGAAGAUCUGAUGUCUAGAAAUGAGACCGACCAGCAGGAUUUCUGGGUGGACCUGGAACCUCAAGGCCGAUUGCAUGUGAAAAUCGAUCUGCGAUGGAAUCAAGAAGCGAACAGCCUAGCGGCGCAGCAACAGAACUCUUGUCGUCGUCUGGUUGUAAAGGAUCAACCUUUCUUGAACCGGCGGCGAGGCGCUAUGCGAAGGCGUGUCCACCAGGUCAACGGCCACAAAUUUAUGGCAACGUUUUUGCGCCAGCCAACGUUUUGCUCUCACUGUCGGGAAUUCAUAUGGGGAUUAGGCAAACAAGGCUAUCAGUGUCAAGUAUGCACAUGCGUGGUUCACAAAAGGUGCCAUAGUUCAGUUGUUACCAAAUGUCCAAAAAAGAAAGAUGAGCAGGCCAAACCGACUCCACAGGAUGCGGCCCAGCGCUUCAAUGUAAAUAUACCACAUAGGUUUUCAGUGCACUCAUUCAAGAGGUUAACCUUCUGCGACCACUGCGGUUCACUGCUGUAUGGCAUCAUCAGGCAGGGUCUCAAGUGCGAAGUGUGUAGUAUGAACAUCCACCGGCGCUGCGAGGGCAAUGUGGCCAACAAUUGUGGCAUCAACACCAAACAGCUGGCAGAGUUGCUCAACGAGAUGGGCAUCACCAUGGAUAAAACACCACCACGUAGAUCUAAGUAUUCAAAUCAAGCGCCUAGUGAUUACUCCUCCAUCUCGGAACGCAGCGAGGACAGUUCGCUGGAUUCGCUCUCGACCAAGAGCAGCCAGGAUACGGACAGCCAUCAGUUGCUGCUGGGUGCAGAGCAGCAGCCAGGCAGCCGACCGACCUCUAGUCAGCAGUCGAAGCAAGGCGGAAUUAGCAGUGCCACUUCCCACGAUGACGACAGCAAGCGUUCGGCUACUGGGGGCCUGACGGUGGGCAAAACGUGCCUGAACGAUUUCAAUUUCAUCAAAGUGCUUGGCAAAGGAUCUUUCGGAAAAGUGAUGCUGGCCGAGAAAAAGGGUACCGACGAAGUGUACGCCAUCAAGGUGCUGAAGAAGGACGUAAUUCUCCAGGAUGACGAUGUAGACUGUACGAUGACUGAAAAACGAAUUCUAGCUCUAGCAGCCAAGCAUCCUUUUUUGACUGCUCUGCACUCUUGCUUCCAAACGCCGGAUCGUUUGUUUUUCGUGAUGGAAUAUGUCAACGGCGGUGAUCUGAUGUUCCAGAUACAGCGGGCGCGAAAGUUUGACGAAUCCCGGGCGGCAUUCUAUGCAGCCGAAGUGACACUCGCCUUACAGUUUUUGCAUCGCAAUGGCGUUAUUUAUCGAGAUCUUAAACUGGAUAACAUCCUGUUGGAUGCUGAAGGCCACUGCAAACUGGCCGACUUUGGCAUGUGUAAAGAGGGAAUUACUGGUGAUAAUUUAACUUCCACGUUUUGCGGUACACCAGAUUAUAUUGCACCCGAGAUUCUUCAAGAGCUUGACUACGGGCCAUCGGUAGACUGGUGGGCUCUAGGUGUAUUAAUGUAUGAAAUGAUGGCCGGAGCACCACCGUUCGAGGCGGACAACGAGGAUGAUUUGUUCGAAGCGAUUUUAAGGGAUGACGUUCUUUAUCCAGUUUGGCUAUCAAGAGAAGCAGUGUCGAUUUUAAAGGGAUUCAUGACGAAAAACGCCGCCAAACGUCUAGGGUGUACCGAUGGUGAAAACCAGAUUCGCACACAUCCGUUUUUCAAGGACAUGGAUUGGGAUGCGCUUGAGCAGCGAAAAGUUCGACCACCUUUCCGACCCAGAGUGCGGAGUGCACGUGAUGCUCUAAAUUUCGACACCGAGUUUACCAAGGAAGACCCAGUGUUAACCCCAGUGCCGAAAGAUAUCAUCCGUUGCAUUAAUCAGGAAGAAUUUAGCGGAUUCUCGUUUGUCAAUGCCGAGUUCGGUCCGGAGCGCAGGAUCGUUUGUUAAAAAGCAAAAUUUGCCGACUUUCCUCUCGUCCCAGGAGAUGCGAUAAUACCAAAGAGUUGAAUAGAGAAAAAAUCGUCAACCGGCACGAAAGCAAGCAUAACACGGGUGCCAUUCUUCCCGAGGAAAUAAGUGCGGGCAGAGAGAUUAUUAUAAGCUAGUUUUAUACUAACGGACGAGUCCUGAUUUUAUAUUUUAAAGCACGCGCGUAACGUAAGCGAAUCGUUGCCCUGCAUUGCUUGCUUAUUGAGCAGUUGGAAGAUAAUAUGCAGCGAAGAGAUUAGGCUCUCGUAGAAGAGUUGGUUCGAAAUGGAAUCUUGAAACAGAAAAGCAGUUUCUCUAGUUUAUAUUUUACACACUUUUCAUCGACUUUUAGCAUUAUAAAUGCUAUCAUUUCGAUCAUGAAUUUGUCAAUCUUGGUAUAGCUUUAGUUGCCAUAAAUCAAGUCGAUUGAUUAUUUUACGAUUAAGCUAUUUAUUUAUUAUUGCUUUUAUGUUCAACAACUGUAACCUAGUUAUUAUCAAAGACGUUAGAGCCGAGCUUGGAAGUGCAAUAGUGUACACGUUAUCUAUUAUUGCUUAUUUUGUUCAAUCAUGUUAUCAAGUUGACUCCAAUGGAAUCUUAAAGAUCUGGUAAUAUAGUUGCUAAAAGUUGUUUUUUCCUUCCGUUCUUUGCCAUUAAGUUUUGUUUAUAAAACAAAUAUCCUAUAAUUUAUUUGUUACAUAGUGCCAUUCGAGGUAAAAAUGCACUACCUUUUGUUACACGCCAAAAGUAGCCGUGAAUUUAGUUUAAUUGUGCUUACAGCAGAGCGCUUAACCGCAUCAUCGGCAUAUGCUAUCGCGUCAUUGUAAUUGUAUGAAGGAAGUUGCAUCGAAUUUGCGUUUUUCAUGCUAGUCAUUAAUAUUAUUUUGUGUUAGUAAUUACAUUGUUUUUUAUAUUUUAAAAGUGCCGAAGAACGAUUAACAGUUUUCUCUUUCUUCCUAAAAAAAGAAUAGGUUACCUUAGGCCUUACAAAACGAAAUUGUUUGAAGAUGUCAGCCAGAAAUCAAUUGCUUAAUGAUAGGGGUAUCAGAAACGAAGAGAGUAUUACACAUAAACCUAACUAUUUAAUCAUGCAGCAACACAGCGUUGUUUGUAUUCACGCAAAAAGAGGAGAAGAAAUAUUUUUUCACAAAGUCCAUAUUCUUGCAACGAUAGAUAAAAAAAUUAGAUACGGGAAGGUAUUUAUUAUUGUCCCUUUUCAUUUUUGGCUUAGACACUUUUAUAAUUUUGAUCAAUUGAGCUAUGUGAGUAAAUGUAGAUACAAAGCAUGAGUCAAUAGCAAAUUUUUAAACUUAUUGUUAUUAAUAAUUUUAUAUGAUUUUUUUUUGCAUUUGAAAAUAUUAACCAUAGAAGAUCAAAAAUUUUAUAUAAUUUAAUAAAUAAAUUCGAAUUUUUAAUAGGUUUUCAGGACUUCCAUCAGUUUCAACACAUGAUUGCAAAGUCAUUAGUCAAUCUUAAUUGCUCAUAUAUCUACUCAGAUAGCUUAAAAUGUUCCUUUAAAAAUAUCUUUUCCUUGUAGCUUAACACUUAUUUGAUUUUAUACUGAGAGUUUUUUUAUUUGAAACUUAUAGUUUCUUGAAAAGAAAAAAGAUCGUCAUACCUACAUUGAAACUUAUUGAUUUGUUGUAGAGAAAUAAUUUGUGGCCAGUGGCGGCCUACGGUCGACGGAUGAUAUGCAAGAAGUUUAGAAUGCAUUGCCUAGAUAGAUAGGGGACGAAUUGUAGUAUUGAAAGAGUUAUUUAUACCAUGUUCGAUAGUAUUAUUUAUUUACUUGCAAGUCAAAGCACACAAAGAUAGCAAGAUCAUCUCCACCGCCAGCUGCUUUGGUGAAGUGGAUUGAUUGUUUAUGUCGUUAAUGUUUGUUCAAGCUUUAGUCACAAUCCAUAUGAAAAAAAGGAACGUCAGCUGUAACGAAAGAUACCAAAUAUAGACAAAUGUAUUAUUGCCGGCUGCCCGGAAACAUUAAGGAGAGGUGGCCGAAUUGUACGCAAAACAUUAGAAAAUUGUCGUUGUUUCAGGCUGUUUAUCGUUUGUUCUUUUGUUCGUGGAUAAACUAGGCUUUUUCUUUUGUAGUCUUUUAAGUGUAGAUAUACUUUCUGAGUGGAAAUAUCAAAACGAAGAGAGUUGGAUUAGGCAACGCGUAUCAGCAAACUAGGAAACGAUAAGAAUGUUUACUAGGCAUUUAUAAAAAAUAAUUAAAAUGAGAUUAAAUAAGAAGCAACCAGAGAAAAAAUUCCGUCUGAUCGUCUGAAUAACGUAUUAAAAUGCAGAAUUCUGUAAUUUUAAUGCAUCGCUGGAUGGGUAUUUAAUCGGUCAAAUUUUUAUUUUAUUUUGGAACUGUAGAUGAAUGCGUUUUGGUAUUAACCAGAGCGUAUCAGCGGUACGGUGUGUAGGCAAAGAGGGCGUAAAUUUACUUUUUUGUCAACGCAAUACCGAAGUGAAAAGUUUCUUUCUGCCUCCAAAUCUCGCCCUGUUGUGUAGGUCAUAAUCGAAUUGAUAUCGUUCUGUUAUAGUCUAACUUACAUUUAUUCUAAACGGCUGAUUAUAAUAGCACCGAAAAAAAUAAGAAAGAGGACUAAUCCGUUAUUCACUACACAUGGAGCGUAAGUUGCUUUAGUAACUGUGGUUAGGGUUUGUAAUCAAUUCACGUGACGAACGUAAUGGUGAAAAGAAAGCAGCACAUUGCCUAACGUGAAGUUAGUACCGGAAUAUCCCCGAUUGAGUCCUCUUUUUAUGUCCCUCAUUUUUUGUGAGCGGCACACUUUAAAUUAAGAAAAACAAUAGCGCACUUCUGUUACGAUGUUCAUCCAUAAUACUUUAUUACUUUGGAUAGCAACUGAGAUAACCAAUCGCAGAAGACAAACAUACCUAAGGCAUAACUAAGAAGAAGCAAAAACAAGUGGAGUAAAAAUCCGUGUAAAUUAGUUGAAUGUUAGGUAGACUAAACACUAUAUUAUACUAUUCUAAAUCAUAUUGCAAAACAGAACAACAUCAAGGUGGUAACCCUUUGGAAAUGAAAAAGCGUAUAAAACGUAUCCUCUAAAUACAUAAUAAGAUAUACAACAAAAGGCAUGAAAAAUUCACUGAAAACUAAACCAUUUCUAAAGGGGGCGCGAAACAAAAAAAAGUGCAUGCACUGAGCAGUAUGUAUAUGAGAAUAUAAAUAUAACUGAUAUCUGAGAGCAGAAUAAUUAGCACACUGAAUGUUAUGAUAAAAGUGAACAUUUCAAACAAUAAAGUGAUGAACAUACUGUCACCAAAGCGACAUUCUGAUCACUUUUAUACUAGAUUCGUACGAGAUCGUGGUUUUAAAAAACAGCAAAAAUAACAUAAAAAGAUGGCAGUAGAUGCAAUGUGUAAUAAAAAUAGGAUUUAACAGACGAGCACAAAAUCGAGAAAACAUAAACCAAAAAAUAUUGCAUAAACAAAAAAAAACAAGAUACACAAAGUUUAACUGUUGUGGAUAAUUUAUUGAUGUUGUAUUUAGAAGAAGAAUAAAACGAGAAGAGUCAUGUUAAUUAUUUAAUGUUUUCCGUUGACGAUCAUUAGCGUACAAUCUUUUAAUUACUAAAGUUAUAGAAAAUGCAAAUUUUCUUGCCAGCUUAGUUUGCAGACAAUCUUUACGUUGAUUCCUAUUUUAUGGUAGGAAAAAGCAGUUCACUUUUUCCCCACAUGGAACUUGAAGAAACUCUUAUAAAAUAAACGUCAUCAACUGAAAAAAGCGAACCGUUUCACUUGCCCUUUGAAAAUAUCCCACCGUAAUUAAAGAAAAAAUAUAAUACACAUAGUAAACAAAACAAAAAACAACAACACUUCCCGGCAGUCAUAUUUUUGCUGAUCUUUACUCGAGUUACCUUCAUCACUCGAACCUUUCGAGCAGUUUGCCCUACGCAUGCCCACUGUUUUUAAUCACCUAACGCGGUUCAGUUAAUGACGUUAGCUGUAACACAAGUUGAAUCUGACUGGUUUGACGGCCAUAAUGUGAAUGCGCCAAAGCGAGUUGCCCCAUUUGCGGCAACCUAGGGACAGUAAUCUUAGGUUAUUACAUUAGGUAUGUUCAGCAGCGAAGGUAUCUGGCAUCAUAACUUAUCUUCCCCGGAUUUGUCAGGAAAAUAACUCAUACACACAUGUUAUGACACAGAGAAAAAACAAGCACAGAUGGAAUCAUGGUUCCAUCCAACAGCAAGAACGGUUGAAUUCGCUAAACUCACCGUUGGACAAAAGAGCACAAGAACAAGAAAAAAAAAACACAAACAAAAGUUACGGGAGAUGGCGUUCAAAAAUAGUUUCGAUGCAAAACAAACAGGAAACCGAUGCGACAGAUGAAGGAAAAUAUAAACCAGAAAACUGAAGAAUAGAUGAAAAGUAAUAUAUAAAUACCAAAAAUAUUAUAUAAUAAUAAACAAGAAAUAAAUAUAUAUAUAUGAAGUAUGUGAUUAUAACAAUAUAAAACCAGCGAAAGUUA